AUGUUCUUCAAAUAUUUUGCAGAGCCCUCCAUCUCAAUAAUACUACUUACUUAUGCAACAAUUUUGUCUUUAAAUGGAGUGCUGUCCGAGCGGGUUUUGCGACUCAAACCGAAAAUUGACAAACCUGGGCCAUUAUAUAAUGGAACUCAAAAGCCGACGUUGGUAGAUAAAAAGGCUGAGAAUUUGUUCUUGGUACUGAAUGAGCGUCCAGAGAAUGAUAUCUUCGACUCCGAAUCGUGCAGGGAAACAGAGAAACUAAUCAUGCCCAACUUUACAGAACCCGGUCGAAGAAUAAGCGAAAUAAAGUGUCUGGAGCAUCUAUGGCGCAUGCGAUUUUAUGAUGAGAUGCUGUUGAGAUCAGUGCGGUGUGGAUUUGACUUCGAUUCUGUAAUAAGUAUAAUUUUUGGAGGUCGCGACGCUGAGCCAUCAGAAUUCCCCCACAUGGGAGCGGUAGGUUGGAAAUCCGUCAAUAAUACGUGGAUAUUCAAAUGCGGUGCGACACUGGUUUCACAAAAAUUCAUGAUCACAGCUGCCCAUUGUUCAAGGGCAACAAGAAGUGAUACGCAAAUCGCUGAUCCUGUUCCCAAAAUAGUACGGAUUGGAGAGAUACAUAUUGAAUUUAAGGAUUUUAAUGAAAAGCCUCCAAUAGACGCUGUAAUAAAGAAGAUCACCGUGCACCCUUAUUACAGAUCACCAAAAAAAUAUUACGACAUCGCCAUAUUAGAACUAGAUGAACCCGUAAUGUUUACAUUGAAAAGUCACCCUGCAUGCAUCUGGACAAAUCAAUAUCAGGAGGUAUUUGGUAAAGCUGCAUUGACUGGUUGGGGCAUAACAGAACCAGGUAGUCAAGUUGCUUAUCCCAAGUUGCAAGUAGCCGAGGUUGACGUCUUAAGUUUGCGAGAUUGCGACAAAAGACUACACUCCAGACGAAACCGACAUUGGAGGGGACUUGUCUACCAUCAGAUGUGUGCUGGACAUUUGGCUGGAGGUAUCGACUCGUGUCAGGGUGACUCUGGCGGCCCACUGCAGAUGGAGAUCGACAUACCGGAAUAUUCGGACUGGAAAAUUCACUACAUCGUCGGUGUUACCUCUUUCGGAUACGGAUGUGGUGUUUUAAACACGCCGAGUGUUUACACUAGAGUAUCAAGUUUCGUUGAUUGGAUCGAAAGUGUUGUUUGGGAAGAAGAAUAUAAGAAAAUGAAAAAAUUACAU